GCUUCCAUGCGUGAUUCAUUUCCUAAGGGUGGCAUGCGUCUCUACAUCUGGCCGCCGCCUCCUCUGGCACCUCUCUCUCUCCCUCCGUCUCCCUUUGCAGAUCCCGACGCGAUUCGCCUCCGCUUCACUACGAUCGGGUAGUUCCCGACGAUCUCGAGAUCGCGGCGAGAUCGUUGCGCUCGCGAGAUCGUCGGAGGGGAGGCGCGUUUUUUGUCUUUGGAUUAUGGCAGCAGCUCUCCGAUUCGCGGGGAUAUCUCCCUGUGUAGGGUUUCGAAGGGAUCCGUCGACUUCUCUCGCUCUCUCGUCGAGCUUUUCAAGUAAGCUCUGGGUCGAGUUGUCUCCGAGGUCGAUAGGUACAAAGAGGGCGCGUGGUUACCCGAGGAAUAGGAGUUUGAGGGUGAGCUGCGAGAGGGGAGUUUCUGCUUUCUUCGAGGAGGACGAGGCGGAGAGGCAGGGUGCGGACGGAGAUGCCCCGCAGCUGAGCAUCGUGAUGAAGUUUGGUGGGUCGUCGGUGGCGUCGGCUGAGAGGAUGAAAAAGGUUGCUGACCUUAUUCUUAGCUUUCCAGAGGAACGGCCGGUGAUUGUGCUCUCCGCCAUGGGAAAGACGACAAACAAUCUUUUGCUGGCCGGCGAAAAAGCAGUUUGCUGUGGUGUUUCAAAUGUAUCAGAGCUUCAUGAGUUAAGCUUUAUUAAGGAUCUGCAUCUUAAGACAGUCGAUGAGCUUGGGCUUGAUAAAUCUAUCGUCUCUGGUUUGUUGGAUGAGCUAGAGCAACUUCUUAAAGGCAUUGCAAUGAUGAAAGAGCUGACACUUCGUACAAGGGACUAUCUUGUUUCAUUUGGAGAAUGCCUGUCUACAAGAGUCUUUGCAGCAUAUCUAAAUAAAAUUGGUGUAAAGGCACGACAGUAUGAUGCAUUUGAUAUUGGUUUCAUAACAACAGAUGACUUUACAAAUGCGGAUAUCUUGGAAGCAACUUAUCCUGCCAUUGCUAAGAGGUUACACGGUGACUGGAUUAAUAAUCCAGCAAUCCCUAUUGUUACUGGCUUUCUUGGGAAGGGUUGGAAAUCCUGUGCGGUCACUACACUAGGCAGGGGUGGAAGUGAUUUGACUGCAACAACUAUUGGUAAAGCUUUGGGAUUGCGAGAAAUCCAGGUCUGGAAGGAUGUUGAUGGCGUUCUGACAUGCGACCCUAAUAUAUAUCCCAGUGCAAGGCCCGUACCACAUUUGACAUUUGAAGAGGCAGCUGAGCUUGCCUAUUUUGGUGCACAGGUUUUGCAUCCACUAUCAAUGAGACCUGCUCGAGAAGGUGAUAUACCAGUGAGGGUCAAGAAUUCCUACAACCCUCAAGCUCCUGGUACUGUCAUCACUAAGGAAAGAGAUAUGAGCAAGGCUGUGCUAACCAGCAUUGUUUUGAAAUCAAAUAUUACCAUGUUGGAUAUAGUGAGCACUCGAAUGCUUGGUCAGUAUGGCUUCUUAGCAAAGGUUUUUGCUAUAUUUGAAGAUUUGGGUAUAUCUGUUGACUGUGUUGCGACAAGUGAAGUCAGUAUCUCUUUGACAUUGGAUCCAUCAAAACUUUGGAGUCGAGAAUUAAUUCAGCAGGAGCUUGAUCAUGUGGUCGAAGAGCUUGAGAAAAUUGCAGUCGUUCAUCUCCUUCAGCAUAGAUCAAUAAUCUCUCUCGUUGGGAAUGUACAGCGGUCUUCCUUGAUACUAGAAAAGGCAUUCAAUGUUCUUCGGAAGAACGGAGUGAAUGUCCAGAUGAUCUCUCAGGGAGCAUCUAAGGUAAACAUUUCCUUGAUAGUCAAUGAUGAUGAGGCAAAGCAGUGUGUCAAGGCUCUGCAUUCAGCGUUCUUUGAGAAUGGUUUCCUUUCAGAAGUCGGAGAAGCAGAAUUUUCGGGUAACGGCACCACAAUUCCCUCCAACGUCUCUGUGAUGUAAUCACAAUCAAUUCGCAUCAGGUGACAACAACCAAUGCCUUAUCUCCCUUCAAAGGGUUGGUUGAUUUGCUUAGGUUAAUCUAUUUGAUUCUUUCCCACAAGCUGUGGGUUGCAACGCCACGCCUUUGUUGAAUAGACCUUUUUUCUUGGUUGUAAGCCAUGCCACAAGAUGCAGCUGUAGGUACGCCAAAUUGCAAUUUUGUUCAUUGGAAUCAAACCCGAUUCUGAUUAUAUGCUUUUCGAGAUUUAUUUA